AUGGCAAUGGAGAAUCGAUUAGCGACACGUGCAAGCGGCGACUUUAAUCUUCCACGAGUAGGAAACGUCAGUAAUGAUAAUGAAAGUGAUAAUGAGAAGAUUUAUUACGGCUUUGGUGUGUUUAUGGGGCUUCCAUUGGCUGAUCUAAAGGCCAUGAAGGACGACUUUGUGGAGCAGCAGGCGCUGACGGGUAAUCCUCCACGUCAUGGAUUAUUAUCUUCGACUGUGACAAAAUUAAGCACGCAUUGCAUCGAGGAUGAAGAAAAUGAACAUGAUUACCAGGGAGACGUAAGCAUGGCGACAUUCCACGCGCAGCCGCAACAUCUGAACGGCUACGAGCAGCAGCACGAUGAGAGUCAACAGCGAGAGUAUACAGGAGAACAAGCUGCCAGAUACGUCCAAGGACCACGUGAUGAUGAUGAGAAGGGUAGGGAGAAUGAAGAUGCUGAUACUAAUAGCGACGGCUCGGACGAUUAUGGGAAUAAGUCGCAUUCACUUAAUUUUAUUCUGCACUAA